CUGCGUCAACCCCAGGGAGCCAGUACCAACCCUCCUUUGCAUCCGGUGAAGAGUCUGGACAACCAGAACAACGGCCGCCCGGACCCGAAGGAGUCGGAAGAGCUGACCGUCAACCUGGAGUGCAAAGUCUGCUUCACGCAAUUGGUCGACACCGUCUUGAUGCCAUGUGGCCACGCGGUGCUCUGCCGGUGGUGUGCAGACACCCAUAUGCCGAGCUGUCGGAAUGACCCGACUCGUCUGGAGGGGAAUCCGAGCUGUCCGAUUUGCCGUGGGCCGGUGAGACACAAGGUC